AUGCUGCCUAUCAUGGCCACUGUUACUUGGCUGGUGCUCUCCUGCCUGGUGCUCCAGGCCCAGGUGAAAGGGGAAGACCUGCAGAGCGAAGAGCUGUCUCCACGAGCCAGGUGCCCCAAGGGCUCCAAGGCCUAUGGCAACCACUGUUAUGCCUUUUUUAAGACAACAAAAUCCUGGAUGGAUGCCGAUUUCGAAUGCCAGAAAUGGCGCAAUGGACACCUUGUGUCUGUGCUCACUGAGUCUGAAGGCUACUUCGUGGCCUCCCUCAUCAAGAACAGUGGGACAGCAUCCUCCAAUGUCUGGAUUGGACUCCAUGACACCACAGAGACUAAACCCAAUGAAGGUGGAUGGGAGUGGAUCAAUGAGGAUGUGCUGAACUAUGAGGCCUGGGAGAGAGGUGGUCCUACUAAUUCUGGGUUCUGUGGGGCCGUUCUUAGACACACAGGCUAUGAAAACUGGCAAAAUUUUGACUGCAGAAAUCUACUGCCCUACGUCUGCAAGUUUGAGAGCUAA